AUGAACGACUUAUAUGCCGACGAUCCUCCUUUUAUCGACGUUGGCAUAACGCUACGAAGCUGCGGUUGCGGCUAUAUGAUUGUCCUUGCCAUGUAUCUAAACACCCUUCUGAUGAUAAGCAUCAAUCUGAAACUGGGGAUAUUCGUAAGGCAUGAGGAAGAGAUUCAACCGCUAGUCGAUACGGAGAAGGAAAAGAGAGAGGAGGAGAAACUAGCCGAAACAAAAGGUGAAGAGCUGCCGUUCCUUAAAUAUGAAGAAGCACCGACACAGGAAGAAGUGCAGGAGCCAAGCCCACCAUUGCCGUUAGCUGCUACAGCGCCAACAAGU